AUGGUCAAUGCUAGCUUAGUCGAAGCUAUUCUUCGUGAACAAAAUAAUCCUGGUUGCUCAACAACACGGCAAAUUCGAGAUUUGUAUAAUAGUCGUUCAGGUGAUGAUCCAAUCAUUCCACAAUCAGAUGAAGAUAAACAAUUUCAAAAACUACUUUUAAAAGCACUCGAAGGAUGCCCUGUUGCAGAUGAUGAAGUUGAUAAUGAGGACGAAGAGGAUGAAGACAAUGACGACGAACCAAUAUCGUACACGGUGAAAUUGAAAGAUAGUGAUGAAACCGUCACACCAACAAUGAAACAUCGUUCAAUUAUUAAACUAUCCAAAGAAUCAAAAUCGCAAAGCGAAAGCGAUGAGUCAUCUAGUGAUUCAGAGAAAACAACAGCGACGAACAAACCAUUUUCUCCAUUAUUUUUAAACAAUAUGAAAAAAUUCGGUGUAUCAUCAGACUGGCUUGCUAAACGAUCUAAUUCACUUCGGCAAUCAGCGUAUUCACUUUCGUCAGUCAAAUCGAAUACGAGUAAACUUGAUGCUAUGAUCAAAAGUGCUUCAGCGAAACCAGUACGAUCCAAUCGAAAGUUAUCGUUUGUCGAAGGCGCAACAUCAACGAAAGUGGAAGCAGAUAAAGAAAAUGCUGAUCCAGCAAGUGAAACCAACAACGAUCAGAAAGAUGAUGAACAAGAAAUAGAAGAAGUCAAAGAUGCAGCAGCGACAUCAUCAGAACCUGCAGCACAUGAUCUAAGUAGUGAAGUUGAUGAAGAUGAAAAAGUUUCUGAAGGAUCGUCACCUUCGAAAGACUUUUUACUUCGGAUUCCACGCAUUGAUCUUCCAACCGAAGAGAAGAAGCGUCCUUCGAAAAGAUCGAGUUCAUCCGCAUCUUCAUUAUCAGAUGAAGAAGUAAAACCAGAAAAGCCGAAGCCGAAACUGAAAAAACGCGCCAAGAAAGACGCAUCGAACAAAAAAGCAACUCCAAAACGAUCGGCCAAAAAGAAAGUCAAAGAUGAAUCAGUGGUUACAAACGAAAUGAAACCCUCGCCAGAGAAAGAUGACGGCGACAAGUCAGUGGAAUUCGAAGAGCAAAAAGACGUUUCAGAGAAAAAUGAAGAAGAUGAUGAGUCAGCAAAAGUGAACGAUACAAAGAAAUCUAUUCAAAAGAAAGGCACGUCAAGCAAAAAAGCGACUCCUAAGCGAUCGUACAAAAAGAAAUCCAAGGAUGAACCAACGGCUAAAACCGAAACGAAACCUUCACCAAAGAAAGAUGACAAUGAUAUAUCGGUCGAAAUCGACGACGAAGAUGAAUCAGCAAAAGUGACUGAUACAAAGAAGUCCAGUGAAAAGAAAGAAACACCAAGUAAAAAAGCGACUCCAAAACGAUCGUACAAGAAGAAAGCCAAGGAUGAACCGGUGGCUACAAGCGAAGUAAGACCUUCGCCACAGAAAGAUGAUGAUGAUAAUGAUACAUCGAUGGAAGUCGACGAAGUAGAUGAAUCAGCAAAAGUGACUGAUACAAAGAAGUCCAGUGAAGAGAAAGAAACACUAAAUAAAAAAGCGACUCCUAAACGAUCGUACAAAAAGAAAUCCAACGAUGAACCAACGGCUAAUACCGAAACAAAACUUUCACCUAAGAAAGAUGACGAUGAUACGUCGAUGGAAAUCGAAGAGGAAAAAGAUACUGCGGAGAAAAAUGGAGAAGAUGAGUCCGCCACAACAACUGAUACAAAGAAGGCAGGUCAAAAGAAAGAUAAAGCUGAUCAAGAACAAUCACGUGUUGAACAUCUGAAGAAAUUACUUCGUAUAUCUGGUAUUCGUCAUAUGAUUAAAAAGUCGGAAUUAGAUGAAUUCUCAUCACAUAAGGCAAAGAUUAAGUUUUUGAAAUCACUUUUCGAUCAAGCAGGAUAUACGGGUAAUUUAUCAAUUAAAGAGUGCCAAAAAUUUCGUGAAAAACGCGAUACGGAAAAAGAACUAUUGGAAAUUCAACAGAGUACCGUUGAUGUCAAAGGAUACGUCAAAGGCGGUCGAACAUUACGCGGCCAAGGCCGAGUAACAGCUGAUUCGGAAACAGAUAAUAAACGAAAACGAGUUGCAAGCAGUGAAGUAGAAGACAACGAAGAUUCAUCCGAUAGUGAUAAGCCAAUCACAAAGAAACGACGAGUUCUGCAAAUGGAGGCGUCACCUGAGAUUAGCGACAAUGAAUAG